UGUCAACGUGACUGUCAUCGAGUAACGUUAGAGGGGCAGAGAACAGCGGAGCCUUCGGUGCUCCAGUUGUCUGUAUCGUCGGGGACUUGGAAAGUGACUGGGCAGGUGGAGGGACAGGUUGCUAACCUCGGGCUUCAGGGAAAAUGGAAAUAAGUGGUUAUUUCCCAAUACCUCCUUUGUGCGCCUUCAGAGCCUCGGUGUAACGUUCAGGACAACUUGCCGUACAUUGUCUUUUUUCCUCCUAUUUGGACCCAAGAAGCGCUAGCUAGCUUAGCCGCCAGCCAGCCGCCGAUAGUGUCAGACACACAGGUACAGGAGAAGAGAGGAGGGGUUGGUGACAAAGGAAGGUGGCGAGGUAACGAUGAACCGCUUUCGAAAGUGGCUGUAUAAGCCCAAGGUAAGUUGUUGUGUCAGCCCCUGCAGUCAGUCAUUUUUUAUGCAUAGAGCUCGCUAGCCUGAUCAUUUCAUAGACUGUCGGCACAUCUGCUAACGUUAGCCCGUGUUCCUGAUGUUACACUGUAUUAAUCAGCAGCUAUCCCCUUUGUUGUUGUUGAUGCUUUUGUUUUGAAGCUGCAGUCAGGACUAACAAUGCUACAGUCUGCCAAUUUGGGCUAAUACUCAUUUACUUACAUCUGUCUUCAGCUGACAUUAGUGUUCAUGUGAUUCUGUCUUGUUAUUUUAAAGGUUUGAAAUACCUUAAUAAAUCAGUGAUUAAUAACAAUCACAAGACCACAUCAGAGCUGAAAAAAUAUUCGUUUUGCUUGUAAUAGUAGUGUCAUUAUCAAGUCGUUACCACAUAAGAGGAAAUAUUUUAAAAGGAGAAUAUAUUUUUUAUAACAAAAGCUCAUGUUUUUAAUUUCCUUAAAAACUAUUUGUUUUAAUUAUUGAUUCUGCUGGAUAUUUUUUUAAUAAACGGGUUUAUCAUUUGGUGCAUAUACAUGCUAGAAAAUAGCACCUUUUUAAAAUAUAAAAAAAAAAAGUGCAAAAAACAUGAUUAAAAUAAAAGUAUGUGUUUAUUCCGAACAAAGAACAAAUAAAACAUGGCACAGUUUACCUGAAUUUGUUAUUCUGGUUGACGUUUUCCAAGAUCCAAACCUUUUUUAAAGUAGAAGGUGACAUAUUAAUAUGGUUUUGUUGUAGUAUCAGUUCAAAGUCCAAAUAUAUUUUAUUUAUAUCAGGCAGGACAAAGACACUUUGUUACAAUUGAUAAGUUGGACUUUAAGAAAACAUUGUUUUGUAGAAUCGAAGCCUUAAAGACCACCAAAAUACCUACCAGCUAUUUUUCUCAUGCAGUUUAUUUAAAAUAUUGAUUGUCUCAGCUCUGUAUACCAUUUGUGAAUACAGUCUGAAAAAAGGCAAAACAAUCAAAUCCUGCCCGGGAAACACAUUUGUCAGCAAAAUCGUCACUUUUUGGGUGCGCUAGUAAUGGAUGUGCUGUGAUUCCUUAAAUCAAGCUCAAAGUGUGGAAACAUGCCUGACACAGCAGAGGAAGUAUUAAAGGCUUGGUUGCCUUGUUAAAUGAACAGUUCAGUAUAUGCCAACUGCAGCACCUUUUAGGAUGAGUGAACGUGAACAUUUCUCUGGAUUGAAAAUUGUUGUUAACUUUAUAGCAGUGUGUUUGUGUCAGUAUAUUGACUUAAGGCUUGCACUUAAAAGGUUAAACCUGUGUCAUAGCUGCUGUACAUUGUAAGUCUUUAAAGAUUAUUAAGCCUCUUAAACAAGCUGUUGACUGGUGGAGGUAACUGUUAUUUCUUGGCAUGCUCCUGCUUUACUGAAAGUUCCUCGAUGAUAAUGUUCAGAAAAACCCUUGUUAUUAUGAUACCUGUGAUAAGAGGUAAGUCAGCUGAUAGGUCACUGUGUGUUUGAACUCCACACUCAAGGAAUCAUCGGACGAAACAGCGGUGAUUACAAGAUAUGCUGCAUAGCUAAGCAGUUGUGAUCACUCACAAGGCAAGCUAACCGAGCUUGAGCCAAACUAUAGAGCAUAGACCAUGGGUGGGCAAUUAAUUUUCCCAAGAGGCCGUAGGAGAAACUGGGACUGUUGUGGACUUGCCCUACAUUAUGAUUCGAUUGGCUAGCAACAAUGUGAGCAGAGCAACGUAGUUCAGGGAGAUUAACAGAUGGAGUGGUGCCAGCCUGUUAUGGUAAAGAGUGAGCUGAGCUGUCGAUUUAAGUGCCAAUCUAUUUUCCUAGCUAACCUAUGGCUUAAGAUGCGUUCUGGGCACCUCCUAAGUGAGUUGUUCCGGUCCCAUAAAGAAGGGGUCCAGGGGCAGAGCAAGGACAUGUUGGAGACAUCUCUUGGCUGUUUUAGAAGCACUUCAGUGUUCCCCCAGAAGAACUGAGGAGGUGGCUGGAGACAGGGUUUCCUGGGCAUCGCUGAAAAUAAAUAAAACGUAAUCAAUUCAUGUUCAAUGUAAAGGGAUUUUUUAGCCUUGGAGGAAGGGAGUUUCUACAGUUCAUUCACACAUUGGCAAUAAAAAAAAGUGUUUAAUACAUGAAAAAUACAUUUUGCAUCCGAAACCUUUAAAAGGUUUGGCAACACGUAUUUCCAAUUGGGAGCAUAAGUAGAGUAUAAGUCAGCCUUCUUGAUAAUAGAAAACUGCUGAAUCACAUCAUCAUUGGGUAAUUAUAAUUAGAGCUUUUGCAACAGUAGUGUCACACAAGGCUUAGAUAAAAGGCCUCUGAUUACACUUUGUCCACCUGUUCUGGACCACAUACACACACCUGCGUCAUUCCCUGUUCCUGAGUCAAACUGUAUUUGCUGUCGCAGCAUUUCGGUGAUCUGGGGUCAGGCCAAAGUGUUGGGGUUCACCAGAGUAUUGUUACAUUCGUAAACGACUACUGCUUCUAAAGUGCUGAGCUAUUGCAUCAGUGCCUUUUCUGCCAAAUCACAGCUAUGGUAGGAUUGAAAAGAAUUACGCAUGAGUCUGUGGGAUUUAAAUGACCAGUUCUGCCUCAAAGGAGUGGGGAGAGGUGCUAAAAGCUUCUACAGUUGUGCCAAUCAGCAUGAAAAGGCAACAGUAAUAAAGAAAGAAAGUUCAGAUGACUUUGGCACAUGGUGCUGAAGAGGCACUUUGCUAGCCAAUAGUUGUUUAAUUUGUUCUAAGAGAAAAUAUUUCUGUACUAAUUAAAAUCUGUUUCCAUCCCCCAUAUUUUGGCAUUUAUUGUCAAACACCACAUUGCAUUGUCAUUUCCAUCAACAGUAAGUGGUUUAUCACUGAACUAUGCUCUCCUGGAGAUAGAAAAAUGUUGAAUCAGCUUGUUCCUUUGACUGAAGCAGAGCUAUUGAUAUUUCCAUAGCUGUUCUGUACCUCUAAGAUAAGUCACACAGAGCAGGACUUUUUUUGCCCCUGCCACACAAUCCCUUCUUAGUCAAACUCAAUGCAUUAGUUCCUGGACAAGAUGAAUGUGUAAAGAUGGAUGUCCUGCUGAGAAGUACGCAUGGGUUGGAAGGACAUAAUACUGCAGUAUUGACAGGUUAGGCUUUUUACAUACUUUGUAGAUCCUUAAACUGGUUGAGCUGGUUUUUAUGCAGCUAGUUAGGCAACCCAAAUAUCUAUAAAGAGCUCUCCUACCUGGUGUGUUUUGUAACUCAAGUUAUAUUUAGUGUGGAGAAGAGUUGUAGAUCAAAAAGAUAAGCUUGGAGAAGGAUUAAUAAGAGUGUGCUACAUUGCACAUUGCAGAAAACAAAGCCAAGACCAAUGUUGGCGAGUGUUUCCUCACCUCUCGCUCAUCAAGUUGCACAGUGACUGAUUACAAAAGACAGGCGGCUACACCUGGGCAUUUCCUCUGUAGCCUGUGUUCCUCUCUGUGCUGGUAUUCCAUCAGGCAUUCAGGAGCUGACCUUCAGCUUCACACCACCUCAUCUGUCAGUGUGACGGGGCUCACAGGUCGCACCGAGCCCAGUGCACGCACCCCAUUUUGCAGCACGCUACUAAUUUUGCCCCUCUCCCCACAGGACAUUUUAAUGUGUAGAUAGCUCAUACUGCACUCCUCUUUAUCUGAACGAAGCAGGUGAUAACUUUUGUUUAUAGUGUGCUGCUGCUUAAUCUUUAGCAUGGAAACAGAUUGGCUUAUAGCUCGCAACACAUCAAACAUCAGCCAAUGAGGUUUCCUCUUGGCAGAUUUGAUUAAUUACAUCAUAUUUCUAAUAACUACUAGUGUUAUUUAACAACAACAGUAAUAAUCAUAAUACUGACAAUAAUAAUUUCAUUUGUACAACACUUUAAAAAACGUAACAGUUUGACUAAAACCACAAAUUAAAGAUACACACACAUAUAAAGACACAGUCAGCAAUGUCAUUUUGCAAUUAUUCCAUCAUACACACAUUAGAUCUGAACUAUGGCCCAAACUAAUAGGAGGAAGAUUAAAGAAGCUAACCGCUAAAAAUUAAUUUUCAGCAGGUAUUUGUUGUUGGGCUGGGGAGAGCUGCUCCAAUGUUUGAGUCAACAUUCCUGCAUAAAAACUCAGAGGGAAUUUUAUAUAACAGUAAACAAAGCUUGCAUGAGAUCAAAUCUCUCGAAACUAUGCAUUUUUUAUAUAAAGAACAAUGCUGUAAAAUUAUUAACAUGUAAAUGAAACACGUCAAGGCAGGCAAGUAUUUAUCAUGCUCAUAAAUCACUGUCAAACCAUCAUAUGAGAUACUCUGAAAAAGUUUAUUUACACCAUCAGAAAGACAGCGAGGGGCGCUGACAGCUGACGGUUUCGACAAAGAAACAGAUUUUUUUGCUUUCCCUUUGUUCUCUUUUUGUUGCCGGCCGUGUGGGCCCUUCUUGAAAUGCAUCAUUUGAAUUUGAUUUGAAAAGAAAUGUUCAUGUAUGAAGAGGUGGCGAUGACACACAAACUAACAGACGCAUCUGUUUGGAAAGUGGGAAAAGGCACAGUCAUCAGACUUGUGACGCUUCACAUUCUGGCUUUUUAAAAGACCAAAACCUAACACAAGUUUUCAUUCCCAUUAACACAGUUGUUACUAAUACAUUUAUUGAAUUAUUAAAUGGCUUCUAGGAAGAAGAGUUGAAACGAUUAAUAGAAACAAACAAAAAAAUCUGAUAAAUUUUCAGAUAAUUAGAUAAAUAUUAAUUCUGAAUUGUUGCCUUUUAAAUAAAACACUGGGUUUAUGUCAUUUGAAGAUGUUAGCUUGUGGUCUGUGAUAUGAUGAUUUUCAUCGCAAUGUUUAUGUACAAUGCAAAUAUUGAUAGUAGUAUAUAUCUUUGAGUUUAUGCUGGUCAAGAGUGCAUUUUUCAACUUUGCUUCUUUUUUUAGUUUUCAAUUUUAAUCUUUAUUCUGUCUUUUGUAACAAAUGUGUAAUUACAUGUAAAGUAUUUACAUAAUCCUUGUUUGUAGCUUUAAUUCAUUUGAUUUUGUUUUCUUGUCAAUAUGCCUCCAAGAUUUAAAAUUUUAUUACACUUCAUAUAUAUUCUUAUCAGAGGAAACCAUAGCUGCUUAUUUAUUCUGUAAUAAUUGCUCCAUGCUCUCGCUGUGCUUGUGUCUGGGGUUAGUCUUUGCACAGCCAGUUCUGCAUAUUUGCCGCAGACUCGGUGUGCCAGCAAACUGGUGAGCAGUGGUCACUGUGGUUUCAUAUUUAGCCCAGUUUCUGGAGUUCCUUGUGGACAUCCCAUUCUGCUUACCCAACAGCCACGUGGUAAUUGAUUUGGUGUCAGCUGCUGGGAUUUAGAGAGCUGACCCUAGUGCAGAUUCAGGCAGGCCAGGCAAUUGAAAGCCUUUUUAAAUUCAUUGCAGGACUGUAAGCAGAACCCAAGAGGUGUGAGGGCACGAUGAUUGAAGGAAAGUAGCCGUGGAAAACAGUGAGAUUUUGAAGUACCAAGUCUCAGUCCUGACUGAGGGGGAUGUACACUUUUCUACACCCUGUUUUUAUUGGCAUUGGUACCUUUUAAAUUGCUCUCUUCAUUAUCAUUGAUGAAAAACAUCACGAUCACCUUUGUCUGUAUUUAUAAGUUUGACUGUUCUUGGAAUUACCUGUAAAUGAAGCGCCACCCCUCAUGAUUUGGCUUUUGUCUUCCCAGCAGCAGAGGAUGUGAGUGACAGAAGGAAAGGAGAAUAGUAGGCUUGGAUUUGGAUUUGGCUUUAGUUGAGAAUAAUGCAGCUUUUUAUCAACACUGUAGGGGUUUUUCUUACUGAAUUUUAUAACUAAGAACAUUCAUGCUUUACACACUCUUUGCUUAACUGUUUAAGUAAUUAUCAGAUUAUCAGUUUGUGUUGUUUUUUCUGUAGCUUUUAUGUACUCAAGGCCUCAAUAGCAAGAGCUAUUUUUUUUAAAGAUUGCGCAAACUGGUAUGGUUAAGUUAAAAUGAAAAGAGAGAGCACAUAAAUAUAAUAGUGACAAUAAGGGAAACAAUAUGAAAAUCUAUAAUUUCUUCUAGAUGCAGUAAUGCUCUGUAAUAGGUAAAACUGUUUUUGAAGGAUUGGAAAGAUACAGAUUAGUAGGUUGGCAGCUGUAAUGCAUGAAUGUAACAAUGAUGGGAUAAAUAAAAUAUAUCUUAUGUUAUCCUAAAUUUUAAACUCAGACCACUAGAAAUAACACAUUGGAUGUUUCAGCACCAAACCUAUUGUUCUUUUAGUUUGCUUUGCUUCGCCCUUUUAUCGAGUUCACCUAAAUGGGGAUUCAGUCUGGAGACUGCUGGUUUUCCAUCAUCUGAAGCCUGCCUUGUCCUCUUCCUCUAAUGUUUUGGGUCAUUAUCUUGCUGCAGGGUGAACCACUGACAAACCAGUUACUUGUGUUUAUUUGUUGCCAUCCAUAUUGAAGCAUCUAGUACUAAAUCCCGCAGUGCAGUAUUUUCCUGAUAAUACACAGGUUGUCCCGACACUUCCUUUGCACAGACAGAGGGGUUUCUAACUAACCUUAACCCUAACCUGUGGAAGCAUCGGGUUCCAGUGUUUUAUUUAUUUUCAUUGCUACAAAAAUGCCGUAAGAUCAUUUUAAAAAUAACUUUUUAACAUGACUUUUCAGUUUAUUUCUUUUCAUUUUAAAAAUGUAUGAUUUUUGACGGCUAUGAGCAAAGCACCUGCGAAUGAAGUACCCUCCCCCACACCUUGGGCUUUGCCUACCACCUGCAGAGGAUGGGAGAGAAAUGAGGGAGAAUGGCCAGUAACUUGGUUGCAGUCAGAAGUAAUGCCGUUCUUUAUCAACACUAGAAAACUUUGCAAUGUUUCAAGGCCUAAUUUACUUCUGGUGCUAAAGGGAGGCUUUAAGUUAAUGCAGUUCAUGACUAACAAAACAGUCUGUGUUCAGUAAAAGUUUAGCAGUUUUCCACUUACUUUUGUAUCAUGUUAAUCUAAAUUUUAAUGCUGGGUAUGCAUCUAGCUGUUUUGCAGUGACGUUGAGGUAUCAGGAGUGGGCUUUUAGGUAUAAUGCCAUGUGCACAAGCAUGAUGACUGGCAUAAAUGUAAGCUUAGUUUACGCUUGCAGUCGUUACCUUUGCUCAUGGUGGCAUAAAAAGUAGUCAUUAUUGCUGAUGACCCAGUGUCAGGUGGUUGUGUUUCUUAAUUUUGUAACCUGCAUCACGUGGCAUGCAUGCAAACUGGUUGACGUGGAGGCAUGAGUCUAUGUACUGGUCUUCCUUUAAAAGCAUAUUUACAGACUAUCAGUUGGAUUCCCAGUUGUCACAGAAGCUGUGCUGGGAUUGCUCAACCAAAAGGAAAAUGUGCGACUGUCUACAGAAAAGUGUAGAUAAACCGAUAAUUGUCGCUGUGUUUGAAUGACAUAGUUCCUUUAUAUCACCUCUUCUGUUGCUAUUACAGCCGUGUAGCAUAUACUUUUCUCAGCAGUGACGUCUGUCAUUUAGAGGUAGACAGCAGUAAGUAUAAAAGGUUACAACGCUGCGUUGAUGUCAUAAUUGCUGUGCGCAAUAACUGAUGCAUCAGGCAUAACCGCAGCUUUAAUCUCCACCGACGCCAAACAGAGGUGUGUGUUUGCCCACACAAGUACUGUAGUUAUCCCGGGCUGUCAUUGUGUGACAUCCUGGACAAUACUCAUUCUCAUUCAGUGAUCACAACGGUCAGUAUGUGGACAGAAUUAGCUCGAUUGACUUAGAAGUGUGUGACAAAACUACGGGGAGGACGUGCGUUACUGGACUUGCGUGUUGAUUCAUUAAAAUCAGGAAAAUUCUUAAAGUCUGGUUAUCGCAGCAUAAGAAAAGGGUCUGAGCAUCUCCACGAAUGCUUUCAUCUGAUUGGGACACCGAGCGAUACAUGGAAAAAAAAAAGUUGUGAUUUUAUCAAAUCUAAAAAAGCGUUCCCUUCUCUAGCCUUGAUCCAGAAAACAUUACCGGAUUGUAUAACCAGAUUAUUUCUUGCAUAAGAACGCUGAGGUUUUUGGGACGAGGGGUGUCCCCAUGUGUCACCACAUGACCAUGGGGGGGUGGGAUACUGGACAAGCCCCAGGGCCACCUAAAUCCUCAGUGCACUUGUGUGUUCACUCUGCCUGCUCGGACCAUGUGCUGGGCACAUGCUUGGGUCAUUGCUGUAGUACAACACCGGAUUAUUUCCAUCCCUCACAGAGCAGAUGGGCUCAUAGAUUAUGUCAUCAGCCCAGAUGGGUUGAGCACUUUGAUAAUACUGAGUCAGUGCACUCAGUUAAGUUGGUAGCGUGCUGUGGACCCAGAUCAACUUUCAGCUGGUUUGUGCAGAAAUACUCCUCAGACAUGAACACAGUUAAAGAUUUAUGUAUUAAAUAUCUUAAAAUGUGGUAUUUAUGGAUGAAAGCCGACUAUCAAUAACUCUGAGGUAGGAAGGAAACUCCUGACGCGAGCUGAAUACGAAGGGAAUGACUCAACAUAACUGGAAGUAAAUCAGCGUAACACGGCAUUCUUAGAAAGAUUAUACUUUUUAUUCUGCCAAACCUCAUAUAAAUAAUGGUUGCAGAAGUUUCCUUGUUUUCUACCAAAAAGAUUGGCUUGCUCUUGCCAUGGCUUUUAUGCUGAGUCCUGAAUAAUAAAUAAGGUGAUGAACUGUUCUCAGCUGCUUUCUGUUUUUUCUUUUUUUUGCCAGUCUGCCAGCUGACUGAAAGAAGCAGAGUGAACUGGUUUCCCCCUACAAUAUUUGCCUCUGAUCAUUGGAAGGAAGCCAGAAGGCAGCAAAUUGAGCCUGGAAUAGAGUAUGGAGGGCACAGCAAGGUUUCUCAUAAGUCCCUCAAGUGGGCUCAAUGUGCAUGCACCGAUGCUAUGGAUGCUCAUGAAGCAUUAGCCUGACAACCGUCAUCAUCUGCACAGUCUGAAUAGGAAUGAAAUCAGCAGCUCAAGAAAAGAGCUGGCUGAGAUGAUCAAAAUGCUGAUCACACAGCGGCAGGGAACUUUCAGUAGCACGUUUCAAUGAGAGUCACGCCGGCACCGCAUGUUAUUGAUGUUAACGUUGAACAAAAAAACAAAAAACCCAGCAGAAAUUCAACUGAGUCAUUGUGAAAUGAUGUUUGAGGGGUUUUUACUCUAAUUGUCACUUUGGAUGAAAUCUUGGGAUCUUGGUCACCUAAAAUGAUGAGUUUCUGACCGCAGUGGAUGGAGAUUUAGAGUCAUCCCAGACAGAGGGCACCCAGGACAAGUGACAGCAGGACUAUAACAGGAGAGUGGCACGCCACAGGGGACAAGAGCCAAAUCUGCUGAAUCAUUUCCUCACGCAAGAGGACAGACCCUCAGCUCUUGGCCCAGUUCUAUUACGCCGAUGAAGAGCUGAACCAGGUGGCCACAGAGCUGGAUAGUCUUGACGGCAGGAAGGACCCUCAGAGAUGUACCCUGCUGGUCAACCAGUUCAGAUCCUGUCAGGACAACGUGUUGAACAUCAUCAGUCAGAUCAUGGAUGAAUGUAUCCCCUUCGACCGGGCCAACAGAGAUUUUUGUGUCAAGUUCCCCGAGGAGAUUCGUCAUGACAACUUGGCAGGGCAACUGUGGUUUGGAGCCGAGUGUUUGGCUGCAGGCUCCAUUAUCAUGAACAGGGAGAUAGAGAGCAUAGCUAUGAGACCCCUAGCUAAGGAUCUUACUCGCAGCUUGGAGGAGGUACGCAACAUCACCAGAGACCAGGCCCUGCGAGACCUCAACUUGUACACAGACCGCAUGAAGGACGCAUUGCGACAUUUUGACAGCCUUUUUGCUGAGUUUGAGCUCAGCUAUGUGUCAGCCAUGGUGCCUGUGAAGUCUCCCAAAGAAUACUAUGUACAGCAGGAGGUGAUUGUGCUCUUCUGUGAGACUGUGGAGAGGGCCCUAAAGUUGGGCUAUCUCACACAGGACAUGAUUGAUGACUAUGAACCCGCACUGAUGUUUACAAUUCCCAGACUGGCCAUUGUGUGUGGGCUGGUUGUGUAUCCAGAGGGACCUCUCAACCUAGACCGAAAAUCAGAGGAUAUGUCUGAGCUCUUCAGGCCUUUUCGCACUUUACUGAAGAAAAUAAGAGACCUGCUCCAGACCCUGACUGAGGAGGAGUUGAUGAUGCUAGAGAGAAACUUGUGCAUUUCUCAAGAAGGGGAGUUGUCCACAAGCCAGGCGCUGGCCACAAACGGCGUACCAGCUCCAGUCCAAGAGAAUCACUCGUCCUGCAGUCCUGCUAAUGAAAUCUCCAAAAGGGGGAGUGAGGGAGAAGAGGAGCCACCGGCUGUGCUUGUCUGUCCCAGUCAGGAGGAAGAGUUGGCAGGAGUGGAAAAAGGCUGGGAGGAGGUGGAAACUGUGAGGGGAGAGGAGGAACAGGAGCAGGGUUUACUCUGUGAGGAGGCAGAGGAGGCUGAGCUGGCAUGCUCCAUGCAGUACGAUGAGGAGGAACUGGAGCAGCUCAACAUGAUGGUGUACCGCGUGGGAGACGAGAUGUCGACUCUGCUGUCGCCUCCCAGCCAGGGUCAAUCUCCAGCCCACGAUCCCAACAGAGGACAGCCUGCAGGCUCCAGUGGGGUUUCCAGCACGGAGGUCUCUCCACGCAGAAUCUUGGGGAGCCGAGGAAGGACGGGCAUUUGUACAGAGGAGGAAGACAGGGUCUUCUUCAUGGAGGACCUGGAUGCAGCAGGAGAACACAUCACCAGAGAGCCUCGCUGUUAUGUCACCUCUCCUCCCAAAGAGUCUGCUCGUCCUGUGCAGCGCAAGCUCGCACCGAGGCAAGACUCUGUUAGGAACGGCUGGUUUUCUGAGACAACAUCUGAGCAGCCUUGUCCACAGCCACGCAACCUGAACACACACUGCCCAACUGCAAAGUGUCCCCCUUGUACUAAUGUCCCUGGUUCAGAACCUCUGCCUUACACCAAUGGGUGGGACAUGGGUUUAGAGGGGACAGCGUCUGAAACAGCUGAAGUCAUCGCCCAUCGUAUGGGAGGCAUGAAGCUGUCUGCUACAGUCAUCUUCAACCCUCACUCACCCAGCUUGACAGAACUGGCUGUGGACAAGCUGCUGCUACCUCGGCCUACUCCCUCUGAGAUUGAGCCCUGUGGCCCCCUGGUGGCCACUCACUGCCUGCUCAACUCUUGCGUCUGCUGUGGCAGCUGCGAAGAUGGCCACGAGGAUGCCAUCACCACAGAGACUACUGGACUCGGUUUAGGGCUCGCUCUGGGAUUGGACAAACAUUGUACGACGCCUGCCUCCAGCGCUGUCAUUCAGUCCUCUGCUUGUCGGCUCCCUCCUCGUCCUCACGAACACAACAAUAAGGACGACGUGGCCCAUUUGAGCCCUCCUUCCUCCCGCUCUGCAGAGCCGCUGGAAGAGGCUCCUGGGCUGGGACACCAGGCUCAGGAUUGUAGCUCUAGUGUCAGAAAUGGAGCCUCCCCAUGUAAUCACCAGCUGAGGACUGAAAAAAGACAUGCUAGUGGCGGCCGACAGAGGGACAAGGAGAUGGAUAACGAAAAUCCAGAAAAUAAGGAUAUGAAGAGGUACACCAAAGAGGACAACAGGAGAAGCUCCAGUUUUCAGAACUCUCCACUCAGCUCUGUGUCAGGUAGUGACUGUGAGAGUGUGUCGGUCACCACAUGUAGUCUGUCGAGCAGUGCAUAUACACCCAGUCCUGUCAGCAGUCUGACUCCCAGCUCAGGGACAUCAGAAGACCCGGACCAGCAGGAGAUCCAGCUGGCCGUACAAGUUGCCAAAGCAGCGACCAGAAACAAGAUCAGAUCUCGUUUCCACAGCAGCAGCGACCUCAUCCACCGUCUCUUUGUCUGUAUAUCAGGUGUUGCUGAUCAGCUGCAGACCAACUAUGCGAGUGACCUUCGCAGCAUCCUCAAGACUCUUUUUGAAGUCAUGGCAACCAAGUGUGAGGAAGGAGACAAUGAUAAGCAGAAGAAAGCGGGGCCUGUUAUGCGCAGCGCAGUCCUGGAGGACUGUGCUCUGUGUCAGGAGACCAUUUCCUCAUCGGAAUUGGCAGCCAAGGCCCGUGAGGGCCAGUUCGAAGACCCUCCUGACUGGGUCCCUGAUGAAGCCUGCAACUCCUGCAUUGCCUGCAAGGCUCCGUUCACUGUUAUCCGCAGGAAACAUCACUGUAGAAGCUGCGGAAAGAUCUUCUGCUCUCGCUGCUCUUCCCAUUCUGCUCCGCUGCCUCGAUACGGUCAGGUGAAGCCUGUCAGGGUCUGCACACACUGCUACAUGUUCCAUGUCACGCCCUUCUACAGUGACAAGGCGGGCAUCUGACCUCAGAAAACCAUGCGAAUGCACAGUCUGCCACAACAAGGAGAUAUGCAACAGACAGAAAGCUGUGUACAAAGCAAAAGCAGCACUGCUCGGGUAACCCCUAAUGGUCGUAAUUGUACCAGCUAAGCAUGGCCAUUCAAAGAUGACACGUCAGAAAUUCCAGACAAAAAGCCACCGAAUUCCGAUUUAAUAUUUCUAAGAGAUUCUGGUGUGUCAGCAGGUUUCUCUGCACCCACAUGAUGCACAAAUGCCUGUACAUGUUUUUUAAAAACAGGAAAGAGGAAAAGCUGGCAAUAACAGAUAUUAAACUGGCAUUGUGCAGCAGUCCUCUGUAGCAAAAUCGAAACAGGCCUCCUUUUUUCCCCUCUUCUUUCUUAUUUUUCCUUUUCGUUUUUUAGCUUCCGGUGUAAAUGAAAGGACUUUGUGAAAUAUUUCCGAUGCUUUAGCGAGCUUCCUAUAUUUGUGCCCGAACUGUCACGAGUCUUGGAUUAAUCAAAAGAAUGUAAGUUGUGAUCAACAUGUAAAUAACGGUAAUUCUGGUAAUAAAAACACUAAAAUGUCUUCAGUAAACAUUUGCUCUGCACUGGAACUGAAAAGCAACCUUCACCGGUCCACCAGUCCCAGUCAAGCAAAAGUGAACGAUGGACGACUUUUAUAUUGAGAUUCCUUCAUGCUUUUAAUGGCAGUGAAUGUCUAAUUCUGUAUCACUUUGUAAGAUGGAGUCUGAAUUUCAACAAGACUGUCCAUUCACCUCUCCACGGUUAUGGGCUGUGCCCAUUGCUUUUACUGUUGCACCACGGCACACUGAGUUUUCUCCGGGGACUCUCCUGCACGCUGAGAUGAAUAAAAGGGAUUUCUUAGUCAUCACUGUUAGGUCUGGAAGGCCCCCUAGUGGAGAGUUGACCUCUCAUUACUCAGUGCCCUGAUUAGCACCACAAUGUGUAUAAUUUGCUUUGAACCAGAGGCCUUUUCAGGUGCUGGCCUACAGGAAUACAGGCCCGUUGAUACUCGCUGGGUUUCUCUUUCUCAUGAUGUUAUAGUGCAAUAUUGUGACUACUAAUUGCAGUGGGCCUCCACAUUUAAGAGACAUCACUCUGCUGUUUGAAAUGCAUCUACAGGCCCUUUCGGAAGAGCAAUGUUUUGCUGAUAUGUGUUUACACUGAAUUAUAUUCAUCCGUUCCUCUGGUGGUACUGACGGUCAGGACCAGAUUACUUUUGUUCCCAGAUUGAUGUCAUUUACUCUCGACUUCCUCUCUGCUCUUAAAUCUGCUUCCACAGCAAUGACAGCAUACACAGUAUCUUCCAUAGCUACAGUAUAUUGGUUUGUACAUUUGAUUGCUCUCAAGUGGCCAAAAUGGACCACUGAGCACCUGUUACGAAAUAUCACAUCCUAUCCAUUCUGCUCUGGCUUAAAGCAGUUCCUCAGGCUUUACAUAUUAAGAAUCACUAAAUACUGCUGUAUCAAUCUUAUUUUCAUCAAAGAAACAUAUGAACUUACUUUGGAAAGGUGUGGUUUUUCUUUUAUAAAGAACAAAAAUAAUGUAUGAAGCUAUAAUUAUCUUUAUGUUUUAAAAAAAAACAUGGAAUCAUGCAGUAAUUAAAGGUUGGGAUAUCAUAUUAUUUCAGAGCUUGGUCUUAUUUUCUAAAACUUCAGUCCAUUUCCAUUAUGAGAGCUGUGUAAAAUAUUGAAUAAAUACUGUUAUAUAGUUUUAAAUGCAAUGUAUAUUGAAAUAAAUGAUUUUUUUCCUGUUUAAAA